AGGCGACGGCGGCGAGCGAGGAAGGAGCCGGGGUGGCCCCACCCCCCCCCGGCCCCCCCGAGGGGCGGCGCGCAGCGGCGAUGACGUGGCGCCCCCUGGCGGCCCCCGCGGCGCACCUGGCGGGGAGGCUGGCGCUGCUGCUGCUCGCAGUGGCACAGGUGGCACAGGUGACAGGUGACACGCGCGUGGUCGGGGGCCACGCCUGCGUGCCGCACUCGCAGCCCUGGCAGGUGGCCGUGCUGGACAUGUACAAGCUCUACUGCGGCGGCGUCCUGGUGGCUCCGCGCUGGGUGGUGACGGCGGCGCACUGCACCACACCUGGCCUGGUGGCUCCGCGCUGGGUGGUGACGGCGGCGCACUGCACCACACCUGGGGUGACCACGGUGGCCCUGGGCAAGCACCGGCUGUACGCGCGCGAGGCGGGCGAGCAGCGCCGCAUGGUGGCCCGCAUGGUGGCCCACCCGGGCUACGACCCGUCCACCAAGGACAACGACAUCAUGCUGCUGAAGCUGCUGGCCCCCGCCGCCAUCUCCGACCGCGUCCGGCCCAUCCCGGUGGCCUCGUGCCUGCCCCGGCCCGGCACCGCCUGCGUCACCUCGGGCUGGGGCGCCACCACCUCGCCUGAAGUGACGUACCCCGAGGUGCUGCAGUGCGUCAACGUCACGCUCUUCUCCCCGGCCGAGUGUCGCCGCUUCUACCCCGGCUCCAUCACCGACAACAUGAUCUGCGCCGGGCACCUGCAGGGCGGCCGGGACUCCUGCCAGGGCGACUCCGGCGGCCCCCUGGUGUGCGAGGGCGCCUUGCAGGGCAUCGUCUCGUGGGGGAUGGAGCGCUGCGGGCAGCCGCGGCGCCCCGGCGUCUACACCAAGGUGUGCCGCUACGCCCGCUGGAUCCACGAGACCAUGGAGGACACCUGAGGAGGCGCCGGCCACGGCGCCGCGCUCCCAGCGGACAUUAAAGAUGUGCCGGGAACGCCGGGCUCCGCGUGGCUUCCUACGCGCCGG